AUGUCUGAACUACACGAGCUGUGUGCACUGCCACGGCCAAUCACACCUGACCAUCUGGUGAAACUGAAGGAGUAUCUGUCUGCUGGAAUCCCAGCAACGUACACUUUGGAAGAGGUGGACCAGUUUGAGCGCGGAGUGGAGGAAGAACUCAGUUCCACCACUACUCCCUUGCAUAUUAUCUGCGAGAACGUUGCGGAGGACUUCACGGACGAGGAGACGCAGAUUGUGGAACAGAUGAUUGACGAGCUUUUCCUGAACGGUGCGGGCUGGUGUCUGGUGAGCUCGAAGAACGAAACACCGGGAUGUGUGCUGGAUAGACGUGGGUUCCGUGGAUCCAAAUAUUGGGAGCAGAUUGUUGCUGCUGGUGUUCGUGCCGAGGUUUUCCUGCGCCAUAUGGAGUCGAAUGUGGAGUUCAUUGACGAGGACGAGAUUGACGGAUUUGAGGAGGAACAGGUUGCCGGUACGGUAGAAGAGGAGAAGAAAGAAGAGUACGAUCCUGCUGGUGAUAAUGCCACCUUUUUGCAGAGCAAGCUGGAAUACACCGAUGACGCAUUACUGACAGACAGAAAGGACGGUGUGAUGAUGCAGUGGGAGGACAAGCUCAUGAAGGCGGGAUGCGACAGUCUGUUCAAGAGCGCAGAGGACCCGGACAACGUGGUGGUUCUCAACAUUGGAUUUGGUAUGGGUAUAAUAGACACCAUGAUCCAGGAGAAAAAACCAAAGAAACACUACAUCUGCGAGGCUCAUCCGGACGUGCUCGCAAAGAUGGAGAGAGACGGGUGGUUUAAGAAAGAAGGCGUGGUGGUCUUGAAAGGAAGGUGGCAGGAAACGUUGCCACCACUUCUUAGUCAGGGUGUUUUCUUUGACGGGAUAUAUUUCGACACUUUCAGCGAACAAUACUCCGACAUGCUGGAACUAUACGACAUAAUAGUUGGUCUUCUAAAGCCGGAAGGUGUGUUUUCGUUCUUCAACGGUCUGGGCGCUGAUAGACUGGUGUGCUACGAGGUGUACAAACGGGUGGUUGAUCUGGACCUGAACAACUACGGACUUGGCGUGGAGUACACGCAGUUGGACGUGCCACAGACGACCAAGCCCGAGGCGGAGGGUUCGGUCUGGAAUGGCAUCUACAGACCGUACUGGACGUGUCCCGUUUACUACCACCCAGAGGUGCGCUUCAUGACGACGGUGUAA